AUGCCUAAACGACAGAGGAGCCAGGAUGGUGAAGACACGGCUGAAGAGACACAAGAGAUGGACGUGGAAAUGACGCCUUCCAAGAGAAGGAUGAUCGAGGCAGAAACACCUUCACGACACACGAAUGCGGAUACGCCGUCGAAACAGCGCUCCAUCCUCAAGUCGACCUUGAAGCAAGAAGGAACCCCUAGAUCGCUACGGAAAGUCCUCUUUUCUACUCCAGCCAUCGAGAACGCACCCACCAAGGAUUCUCCCUUGACAGCGGCUCUCAAUGCAGACCGUUCCGCCAGACGCAAAAGCCACAAGAGACUGUUCGACACACAGGAGGAAGAUGAAUCUAUUGUCCAUGACACUGGCCUGGAAGACGCUCUGGCUCGCGAGAUUCUCGAUUCGGAGCAAGACGAGGACCGAGAUAUGACCCAGGAAGACAGCAUCACGGCCACUCCUGGAACUCCGUCAAAGACCGCGAGGCCAAGAGGAAGGCCUAAGGGUAAUAAGCGACAAGCGUCUCCUACACCACAGGACAUGCCUCCGCACGAGCUGUACUUCUUCCAAAACAGGCCUGGGGGUGUCAAGACGUCGACCAAUACCCUACCAAGCAAUGCUCUUCUCAACCAUGACGAUUACUUCGCCAAGCUCAAUAUGUACAGUGACCCACAUGCUGCAGACAAGCACUUCCUAGCCGGUCUGCAUGAAAAUGCUUUUGACCAAUGGCUGUUUGAACUUGAGGAAGGCUUCAACAUCUGCCUCUACGGCUACGGUUCGAAGCGUGAACUUCUUCUCGACUUUGCCGACCACCUCUGCCAAUCCUCCAACAAGAAGACCAAUGUCGUCGUCGUAAACGCCUACUCACCGAACAUCUCCGUCAGAGAUGUUCUGACUACCAUUGCGAAAUACUCCCUGCCAUCCUCGACAGUCAGUAAACUCCCCCUCCAACCUUUGGCCCUUCUAGACGCUCUCAUCUCCGCCUUGACGGCGUUUCCUCCUGCUUCACCUAUACACGUCAUCAUCCAUUCGAUCGACAGUCCGUUCUUCCGCAAACCGCUAUUCCAGUCGACCAUCUCAACUUUGGCCGCUCAUCCCAAUAUCUGUCUCAUCUCCUCGGCAGAUACUCCCACUUUCCCUCUUCUUUGGGACAUAUCCCAAAGAUCAUCUCUUCGUUUUCUUUUCCACGACACCACUACUUUUGCUACAUAUACCGCAGAGCUCGAUCCUGUAGAAGAAGUCAAUGUUUUGCUCAACCGUAGCGGUCGUCGAAUUGGUGGUAAAGACGGUGUGGCAUAUGUAUUGCGCUCGCUUCCGGAGAAUGCAAGAAACUUGUUCCGUAUUUUGGUCGCCGAGCAAUUGGCUCUCGCUGAUUCAUCCUACGACACACAUCCAGGCUCGCCAGAUUCAGACAGUAUACUUGGCCACUCCGGCGACGAGAUGGAAGUGGAUCAUGGCAACGUCACAAAGCCAACUCGUGGUCGCGGUCGCCCUGCGAAGAAAGCGCCGCCUCCAAAAGUCAAGGCUCACAAGACAUCAUCCUUUGUUGGUGUCGAGUAUAGGACACUAUAUCACAAGGCUGUCGAAGAGUUUGUCUGUUCAUCUGAGAUGAGUUUCAGAACUUUACUAAAAGAAUUUCAUGAUCACGAUAUGGUGGAGAGUAAGAAAGAUGGGCUUGGCGUCGAGAGGCUGGCUGUACCGUUCGGACGAGAAGAUCUGGAAGACAUGUUGCAGGAAUUGGUAUAG